AUUAAUGACAACCGAAUAAUAAAGUUCUAAUAAGAAAACGUGGGCUGAACUAGCAGAAGAAGAGGAUGAUGAAAUUGAAAAUGGUUAAUUCACGACGAAUUCUGAAACUCUAGACAAAAAUGAGAUACCUUCUCAACCAGGUUUGACAAAAUCUGUAUCAGAAUUUCAAUCCAAACCAAGAAAUGAAAAACAUAGAAAUAAUAAAUAGAGAGACAAUGGUGGUAAUGGUCUCAAAAAUUAUAAACAAAAUAAUUCACAUCAAAUCAAAGGAAACAAUAAACAAAAUAGAUAAUCAAAAAGUAUUCAAUUCUAAUAUAGUAGGCAAUUAUGAUGAAGUUUAUGAUGCAUUAUUUGAAACAACCAAUUAGGAAAUCAUUUUAAGAGUUAAACCAUAAAACAAAAACGAAAACUUAGAGGCUGUUAAAGAAUAUUUUGAAAAACAGUAUUAAAAUAUAAAAGCAUUUCCAAGAAACGAUAUUAAUUAGGUUGAUUUAUUGACAUCCCCCAAAAUUGGGUUGUAUAUAUUGGAGGAUCUUAGAUUUAAAGUAUGAUUUAUUAUCAAUUUAGGUCUAAAUUGGUGAUUCUCAUCUUGCAAUUUACUAUCCUUAAAAUCCAAAUGAAUAAUUGUCUGAAUAUUAUGCAAAGAAAAGGUAUUUAGAAAAAGAAAAGAAACUUCAAUAAUCCAGUGCUGUUUUUCAAAGAAGUGCCAUUAAUUCUAAAGUCAAUGAUUAAUAAGAUUACUAUGAAAAAUCUGAUGGUAGUAGCAAUAACUUUGAGAAAGUUUAGAAUGAUUAACCUUAAAUUUACAAAGAGAAAGAUUACUAAUAAGAUGAAGAACAUGAAUAAAAUUAAUCCUAAAAUAGAUCAAAAUAUGAAAAAAAAGAUUUUAAUAUAUAAACAAAUUAUAAAUCUAGAAAGUUUAACAAAUAUACUGAAUAAUAUGAUUAAGAAUAAGAUUUUAGAGAAUACAAAGAUGAAAAAUAAUCUAAUUAUAAAUCUCAUAAAUAUAGAAAUGAAUAACAUAUACCUAAAGAAAGCUAUCAAAAUUAAAAAUAUCAUUCAAAUAACUAAUAUGAAUACACAGAAAAAACCGCUUCUGAUAACAAUUAAUCUCCUUUUCAAUAAAAAGAAUAAAAUAAAGAUUAUAGAAAUAAUUAAUAUUACUACAAUAAUAAUAACAAUAAUGGUAAUAACAAUAAUCAUCAUUAUAAUUAAAAGAGAUCUUACUAAGCAAAUAACAAAUAAAAGAGUGAUUAAUAUGUUGUUUAUGAAGAGAAAUAGAAAUAAAAUUAUGAAGAGGCACAAGAUAUUUCAAAUGUAAAAGAAGAUCAUCAUGAAGGUGAAGUUCAGAAUCCUUAAACGAUUAAUCAAGCUAUUUAGUAGCCAAAUUUGAAUGAAGAAAUAAAUGAGGAUAUAUAAAUAGAUAGUGAAAACGAUUAAGAUCAGGAAUAAGUUGAGGAAAAUAAAUCUCCAAGCAAAAAUAAAAAGAAGAAAAAAAACAAAAAAGCUUAAAAAGUAUAAUAUUUGAUGUUUAUCUUAGACUUCAAAACCAAAUGACACUAAUUUUUUUGGAAUACUAUAGAGUGUAACAAAAUGA